CCUAUAAAAAGAUGGGAAGGGACGCUCGGAAAGCGCGUGAUAGAAUAGUGGUAAUUUGGUAUGUGUCCAUAAUUAAAGAUUGUUCGAAGAGGAGAAGAGUCAACACAAGACUUGACAUGAGCGCUUGGUUUCUGAUUGGAAUUAAUUAAUGUGUGAGUCAAUGCUAGGGUUAUUAUACUUUUCCUCAUUUCUAAAAAGGUUUGGUGCUUUAAUGGAGUAGUAGUAAUUCAUGUGCUAAUUUGUAAUUGAGUUGAGUAUGGAAGACAAAUUUGGAGAGGUAAAAGUGAUGGUUGUACAAGGCAGACGUUUGGUCAUUCGGGACUUCAAGAGUAGUGAUCCUUAUGUCAUUCUUAACCUGGGUAAUCAGACUGCAAAAACCAAGGUCAUAAAUAGCUGCCUUAAUCCUGUUUGGAAUCAAGAAUUUCAUUUUUCCAUUUCAGAACAUCCUCAGCUUCUCAAAUUGGAUUCAGCAGGCAGGAUUUCAUAUAAUACAAUGUUGAGAAACCGUAAGCAAAAUGGGGGUUCUCCAAGAUACACAUCUUCUCCAACAAGUAGUCCAUCAGGUUCUCCAAGAAUAAUAGUAACUCGAAGCAUAGGUGGUUCUCCUACAAGUCGUCAUGAGGUGGGAGAGAUUGACACCAGAUCACCUUUUCAAUCCGUCAAAGCUGCUGUUACUUUGUUUGGCGAAACUGGCACUGCUACUUCUUCUGGUUGCUCCCCAAAAAAGGCUAAUAAGCCUAUCAGCACCUUUAAGAAAUCAAAAACUGCUGAAGAGAGAGUGCAGGAGAAGGAGAGUCUGCUUAACUUGGCUCUGAGAGAAGUUGACAGCUUCAAACAACAGAUAAGAAGCACUGAGACUACAAAAGGUCAUGCUCUCCGUGAGCUCCAAAAUGCCAAAACUACUUUGCAGGAGCUCACAAGCCAGCUCCAAACAUUAUACAAAUCAAAGCAAGAAGCUCUUCAGGAAACCCAAGCUGCAAAUGAACGAGCCACACAACUACAACUUAAUAUUGCAGAUUCCAUGCAAUCUCUUAGAAAAGCCAAGGAAGAAGCGAUAUUCCACUCUCAUCUACAGGAAACUAAUAAGGGGAUUCAAGUCUUACAAGAACAACUCAACAAUAUUCGUGCCUCAGAUCUGGAUUCUUUUACCAAAGCAACUUCACAGCUUCAUCUUACAAAAAACACAUUUCAAGAUAUUGUCGCAGAAGAAAGGUCGUUAAGAAGCCUGGUGGAUUCCCUUCAAGCAGAAUUAGAUAUGUUGAAGGGCCAUAACUCUCAACUUAAAGAUAAGGCAGAUGAAGCAGAAGCCCUUGCUGAGAACUUGCGGUUAGAUCUUGAUAACAGCAAGCCAAAGGGAGAUGCAAUCCAACAGUUUACUUGUGAGGCUGUUCAGUUUCUAAAGGAGGCAGAGGAGAUGAAGAAGAAGGUGGAAUCACUCAGACAAGAAGCUGUCACAGCUCGAGCUGCAGCCAAGGAAGCAGAGGAAAGACUGAAACUUGCACUAAGAGAGGCUGAAGAGGCGAAAGCUGCAGAGACACUCACAAGUGAUCAGAUUCACAAAACAGAGAACGGAAAGAUCAAAUUGGCAGUUGAGAAAUAUGAAGCUUUCAGCAAAAAAGUCGAAGAAAUCAGAAAUGAGGCUGACACAAAAGUUGCCGCUACCAUGGCUCAAGUAAAAGACAUCACUGCCAAUGAAAAGGUGCUUCUCAUGAAAGUGGAGGCAGGUCUGAAAGAGAAGCAGGAAAUGGAAGUUGCAAUCAAGGAAGCUUUGAAGGCGACAGAGAUGGCUGAGGCAGCCAAAAAGGCAGUUGAGGGCCAAUUGCGGAAAAAAGCAUCAAGAAAACGAAGUUGGAGAAUCUUCUAAGAGCAAAGGAAGAAACAGAGUUUUGUGAUCAUCCAUAUGAUUUUUAUUAUAUAAACAACUCUAAGCUUUAAUAAAUAUGGCUAAUUGAGCACCGAGUGAUUGCUUGAAAGAUAAAAAAAGAAGCAAACUUCCUGCUCUCCCAUAUGGGAAAUUUGUUCUUUCUUUUUCCGUUUUAUGUUGCCUGCAUUUCUGUUACUUUCACCAAUUUGUUUGCACUAUGUGUAGAAUGUCUUUAAA